UUUUUUACACAAUGGCUAGGACCCCUGUUCAUAUGCAAUUUUGUACUCAGAUUUAUCAGUAUUUUCUGGGGCUGUAUCGGCACCUCCAGAAAUUCUGGAGUGUCACUGUUAAGGGCCUUUUCAUUAAGAAGGAGGAAGAACAUAUCCCUCCAGCUGAGUGUAUUUUUCAUAAAGAAAAAAUUGUAGCACUUGGCCAUAUGUUGAAGGAUAAAUCUCUGACCAUUGAGAAGAGAGCUCAAGCUGCCUAUAGAAUUGGACUGUUGGCCUUCACAGGAGGACCAACUGCUGGGAAAUUUGCAGCUGAGUACAUGAAAGCAGUAGCCCACUUGUUGCAAAAUCAUGAGAUGGCACCAAAAACAAAGAUCCUGCUGCUCCAGAGUGUAGCAUGUUGGUGUUACUUAAACCCUGUCAGCCAGAGAAGAGCCAAAUAUCUGCAGUUUAUCCCCAUUCUUGUCGGUUUUUUGGAAAACAGACUUGAGGAUACCAUCGAAAGUGAAAUAAAUAGCAACCUCCUUGUGAAAUUUUGGACUUGCUAUGUUCUCUCUGUCAUGACAUGCAAUAACUUGUCUUGCGUGAAGGAGCUUAAAGACCACAGUACUCUAAAACAUCAUUUGCAAAUGUUGGCUACUGAAAAUUGGUCUGGAUGGCCUGAGAAUUUUGCAGAGGUGCUAUAUUUCCUAACUGGUUUUCACAAGAAUUAA